CAUCCACACAUACACCACACUAUUACACCACAUCACCUCAACCUCCCAACACCGACAUGCAGCUUCACCAUACCCACCAUCAACGCUUACAACCCACAUUUCACACUACUCGCGAGAGCACCACACAUCGACACCCACAUAUACGUACACCAACCAACCACAUCACACCAUCUGAUCGCCCACACCACAGGGAGAAAGAGGAAAAAACAAGGAGAUCGCAACUUCACUUCGUUUGCGACCUUCACCGCGACCUGUACGCCUGUGCGAUAACCUGUUUUCCGGCCUCUUCGAUCGCUGUGCAUUUUUGCUUUUUUUCCGCGAAUUAUUCCGUCCAUGCUCGACCGGAGUUUUUGCGUCAUACCGUGUAUAAAUUAACAUAAAGAUUUUUACAUUGUCAUUAAAUCAUUUUUUAAUAAACCCCAUUGGGACAUUGCCGAUUUGGUACAACCCUACGCGUGUGCAUAGACACUAAACUUAUUUUGUGCAGAAAAUUAGUGGUGGUGCAAAAGAUCCAUACGGAUGCCGAGAUGACAACUGUGCCUACGCCCACUGUGCGUUCCGCCGUCACGGUUCCGCGCCCUAGAGCCACCCCAGUAGCAGCGCCGCGCACAACCAUCGCUGCUGCACCUCCCCGAGAAACUCCAUCGGCUCCGCGCAGUGACACGCAAGUACGGGCUCCGGAACCGCCACAACUUCAGUGCGAGCUAUGUCGCCGCCGACAUCGAUUGCCACAUUGUGGCAUCUUCAAGGGUAUGACACCUCAGCAACGUCAGCAGGUCGCCCAGGCCCACGGUCAUUGCUUGAAUUGUCUGGCGCCUACCCAUCUAACGCGCGAAUGCGCCACUGGGUAUCAGUGCCAGGUGUGUAUGGGUCACCAUCAUACGAUGCUCCACCGCAAUACCGGACCCGACGUCGAGCGUCAUCAUGCCCCCCGGGGCCGUACUGCCAGCCGACGACCCCCGCGACCGCAACCGCGAAGGCAAACCUUCCCUUCGGAGGAGUCCCGCUUCUGGGGUCAACGUCAUACCACCUCGUAUCGGAGGCGCCAUCCUAGACCGCAAGCCCGCCGUAAGACGGGCCUCAGCAACGUUGUAGCGACUCUACAACAACUACAGAGGUUACUAGGCUAAACACUCGCCUAGGGGGGCCAGGAUGUAUAAAUGAGCAUCUUCCCCCGACAUCCACACAUACACCACACUAUUACACCACAUCACCUCAACCUCCCAACACCGACAUGCAGCUUCACCAUACCCACCAUCAACGCUUACAACCCACAUUUCACACUACUCGCGAGAGCACCACACAUCGACACCCACAUAUACGUACACCAACCAACCACAUCACACCAUCUGAUCGCCCACACCACAGGGAGAAAGAGGAAAAAACAAGGAGAUCGCAACUUCACUUCGUUUGCGACCUUCACCGCGACCUGUACGCCUGUGCGAUAACCUGUUUUCCGGCCUCUUCGAUCGCUGUGCAUUUUUGCUUUUUUUCCGCGAAUUAUUCCGUCCAUGCUCGACCGGAGUUUUUGCGUCAUACCGUGUAUAAAUUAACAUAAAGAUUUUUACAUUGUCAUUAAAUCAUUUUUUAAUAAACCCCAUUGGGACAUUGCCGAUUUGGUACAACCCUACGCGUGUGCAUAGACACUAAACUUAUUUUGUGCA